AUGCUACUUCACUUGGGAAAGGUGCCAGUUCUUGUUGUCUCUACAACUGAGGCAGCUCGUGAAGUUUUGAAAACACAUGACCCCGUUUUCUCCAACAAACCACAUCGUAAGAUGUUUGAUAUCCUCUUGUACGGUUCCGAAGACGUGGCAUCUGCUGCAUACGGCAACUACUGGAGGCAGACGAGGAGUAUCCUUGUCUUGCAUCUUCUUCUCAGUGCCAAAAAGGUUCAAUCUUUUGUGGCCAAUGAUAUAGUGUGUAGAGCUGCUCUAGGAAGGAGAUACAGUGGAGAAGGAGGGAGUAAGCUUUGCACGCAGAUCAACGAGAUGGUGGAGCUGAUGGGUACUCCGCUUUUGGGAGACUAUAUACCUUGGCUUGAUUGGUUGGGAAGAGUUAACGGGAUGUAUGGUAGGGCAGAGAGAGCGGUUAAACAGGUUGAUGAAUUCUUUGAUGAAGUUGUUGAUGAACAUGUUAGUAAGGGAGGCCAUGAUGAUGCUAAUGAGGAUGACCAGAAUGAUUUGGUUGACAUUUUGUUGAGGAUCCAAAAGACAAAUGCCAUGGGAUUUGAGAUUGAUAAAACAACCAUAAAGGCUUUGAUCCUUCUACGUACUGAAACUACCUCCACAAUUCUAGAGUGGAUAAUGACAGAAAUCUUGAGGCACCCAAUUGUGAUGCAUAAGCUACAAGGUGAGGUCAGAAAUGUAGUUAGAGGUAAACACCACAUAUCCGAAGAAGAUUUGAUUAACAUGCAUUACUUGAUGGCAGUGAUUAAAGAAACUUUUCGAUUACAUCCCCCAGUUACCAUAUUGGCUCCAAGGGAAUCCAUGCAAAAUACUAAGGUGAUGGGCUAUGACAUUGCAGCUGGCACACAAACCCUUUUCAUUGCCCGCGCACAUUCUCACAAACUUACCCUCAUCACUGGCCGCACUCAUUCUCGCAAACUUACCCUCGUCACUGCCAUUGCUCUUGACCCACCUUGCAAAGCCACCCUCUGCACUGCCAUUGUCCUUGACCCACCACGCGGAGUCUCGCAAAGCCACCCUGGUCCCAUUGACACCAAAGCACUUUUUGCUCCUCUUCUCGUGUCUGCUGUCUCUACUGUGUCUUGUGGGAUGCUUGAGUUUGAUAAUGUAUUUGGUUGA